CAUUUUGUUAGUUUAGUGGCCAAAAUCCAAACAAGAAGGAACUGAAGUUCAAAAUUUGUAGUCGUUAUAGAGAGAGAAAGAAGAGAGAGAGAGAGAUGAUGGGAAGCGACACAAACUCAACAUGGGUUGGAAGAAAACCAAUGAGACGAAUUGGUGGGAUGUCAGAUGCGCUCUCUAUUGCUGCUGAACUUGGCUUCUCUGUUCCUCCUCCUUCUUCUCAGGAGGAGAUCCAAAAUUUAUCCACCACUAGCGGUGAAAAAGGUGAUGACUUGAUAAGGGUCUUGAAGGAACUCACUGCUGUUCAAAGGAAAAUUGCAGAUUUACAAGUGGAACUUCAGGGUCGAAAGGAGGACAAAAAUGUUGCUCAUUUGACACAUGUCAGUGAAAUGGAAAAGAAAAUCGAAACAUUGCAAAGGAUUACUACUAUUUUGAAGGACGUUAUUCAGAAUAAGGACCGCAUAAUAGCUCGCCUUCAACAACCAUAUUCGUUGGAUUGCAUUCCUGUGGAAGCUGAAUAUCAGAAACAAUUUUCAGAAUUGCUGAUGAGGGCUGCUAGUGAUUAUGGUGCUUUAACGGCCUCUGUAGAAGAUUUUCAAUGGAGUCAGAAAUUUAAAGAACCACCAACAGUGUGGGGGGAAAUGCUUCGUCCGAUUCCUGUUGCUUUGGCUUCUUGCACCAUAUUCUUUGAAGCCAUGUCCGCAAUGAGGGAGUCAUUCGCAGCGCUACAAGCUUUGAGAGUUGGUCAUUCUUCUUCCUUGGCUAAAGUACCGAGCAAGGAUCCUUCUCAAACAAAUGUUGGAGAUUCUGAUUGUGUGACUCCUCCCCCAGUGAGAACCGAAUCGAGCUUCGAUGAUUUAGCAGUCGGAAGCUUGAGAAGGCAAGAAAGUGAGCCACAAGAAGGUAGUGAAAUUGCAAAAGGUACUGAUGGCAUGAACCACAGUAGAUUGUCAUGGCCUCCUUCAGUUAAGAACAUCUCAUAAUGGUAUAAAUACUUAACAUAUGUCAUUUUUGGUUAUCUUUGUAUUUGUUUAGGUGAUUGUAUAUAUAUAUAUGUAUGAUGGGUGCUAAUUUCUUUUCAUUACAUGGUUGAAGGAGGUCCCUUUAGUGAAUCCAUGUGAUGUUUGUUUGGUU